GACUUCGACAGUGAUACCAGCUCAAGUCUCAAAACAAAUUCAUUUCAAAAAGAUGGCCAGCGACAUGUUGAGACUCACCAUUGCCGUGUUCUGCGCCAUGAUGGUGCUCUUCUCCCUGGUUCAGCUCGGAGAAGCCAACUACAAGAACGCGCCAAUGAACGGGAUCAUGUUCGGGAAGAGGGGACCUUCUGAUUACGACUCCAGGGGCAAAACCUUCACUGCUCUCUGUGAAAUUGCCACAGAAGCGUGUCAGGCGUGGUUCCCUUCUCAAGAAAACAAGUGAACCGAGACGAAACAGUAGAAUCCUUUACGACAAUAGCUAGAAAUCGGAUUGAUAUGAUUGUGUAAUCAAAAACGUAACAUUACUUUGAUUUAAAUGUAAUUAUUAUAAGAAUUAAAGCUUUAGUUGUAGUUUUUGUAAAUUAUUACAAUAUUUAAAGGCUGGACUAAGAUACUUAUGAAAGUAGAAAAAUAAAAUUACUCAGCACAA